CUAAAAGAGGCAACCAAGUGAAACAAGAUAGCGCUUUUUAUAACCAAACUCUGCUUCUGAACAGAGUUAGUCAGAGAGAAAAGCCAUGGAAGGUAUGAAGGAGACGGUGGAGGAGAGCUUGAGAGAGAUAAGAGAGACGUUUGCUAGUGGGAGGACGAGGAGUCUGAAGUGGAGGAAGGCACAGAUCGGAGCUAUAUACGAGAUGGUUAAAGACAACGAAGACAAGAUCUGUAGUGCUCUGUUUCAAGAUUUGGGUAAACACAGUACUGAAGCUUUUAGAGAUGAGCUUGGUCUUGUCUUGCGAUCAGCUACUGUUGCAAUCAACUCUCUUGAUAAAUGGGCCGUCCCCAAACAUAGCAACCUUCCUCUGUUGUUCUACCCAGCAAAAGGGAAAGUGAUAUCGGAACCGUAUGGGACGGUUCUUGUUCUGUCUAGCUGGAAUUUUCCUAUAUCCUUGUCUCUGGAUCCAUUGAUUGGGGCAAUAGCAGCAGGGAAUACCGUGCUUCUCAAGUCAUCUGAACUAAGCCCUAACGCAUCUGCCUUCCUUGCGAAGACAAUCCCGGCUUAUCUCGAUACUAAAGCCAUCAAAGUUAUCGAAGGAGGACCUGAUGUUGCCACUAUCCUCUUGCAGCAUCAGUGGGACAAGAUCUUCUUCACCGGGAGUCCCAAGAUUGGAAGGAUCAUAAUGGCUGCAGCGGCACAGCAUCUGACUCCUGUGACAUUGGAGCUUGGUGGAAAAUGUCCCACUAUUGUUGAUCAUCACACCAUUUCAAAGAACAUCAAGUCGGUUGUGAAGAGGAUUGCUGGAGGAAAAUGGGGAUCUUGCAGUGGACAAGCUUGUAUCUCUGUAGAUUACGUUCUAAUCGAAAAGAGUUACGCGUCUUCUCUGAUUGAUAUGUUGAAGCCUACGAUAAAGUCUUUCUUUGGGGAAAAUCCUAAAGAAUCUGGAUGUCUCUCAAAGAUUGCAACAAAGCAACACGUUCAGAGACUGUCUCGUCUUCUUAAUGACCCUCGUGUUCAAGCUUCCAUCGUCCAUGGGGGUUCCAUAGACGAAGAGAAGCUGUAUGUUGAGCCAACGAUCCUGUUGGAUCCUCCUCUUGAUUCUGAGAUCAUGAAUGAAGAGAUCUUUGGUCCAAUUCUCCCGAUUAUCACUGUACGUGAUAUCCAAGAAAGCAUAGGGAUCAUUAAGACAAAACCGAAGCCACUUGCCAUUUAUGCAUUCACAAAUGACGAGAACCUUAAAACUAGAAUCUUGUCAGAAACAUCGUCAGGAAGUGUUACCUUCAAUGACGUCAUGAUCCAGUAUAUGUGUGAUGCGUUGCCCUUUGGAGGAGUAGGAGAAAGUGGAAUAGGGAGGUAUCACGGGAAAUACUCAUUCGAUUGUUUCAGUCACGAGAAAGCAAUUAUGGAAGGAAGCUUAGGAAUGGAUCUUGACGCUCGAUACCCUCCAUGGAACAACUUCAAGCUCACCUUCAUUAGACUUGCAUUUCGUGAAGCGUACUUCAAGCUUAUCCUCCUUAUGCUUGGUCUCAAAAGAUAAAAGUGGGAGAGUGAGAGAGUGAGAGAGACACACAUACACACGCACAGACGAUAUAAGUGAUUGAAUUAUAUAUCACACUUAUGUUUGCUUUUCAUAUCUUCCUUCACCUAAUAAGUCACAUUCCAGAUGUCUUACAUUUCAUUCAAGCUUGAGAUAUUCUACGUAUAAAAGUAAUUUUGAUAU